AUGCCUACAGUGAUUGUCGUCGGUGGUCCAGCUGGUACUGGUAAAACUACACAAGGUGAAUUACUCGCGAAACAUUACCAAUGUCCAUUUAUAGAAGGUGACUCAUUACAUCCACAAGCCAAUAUUGACAAAAUGUCUCGAGGAGAGCCAUUGACUGAUGGGGAUAGAUGGGGAUGGCUUGAAAAGUUGGCCCAUGAAGCAAGUGCAAAAGCUAUUGAAGAUCCAAGUAAGAAGAGUGUUGUAUCUUGCUCAAUGUUGAAAAAAGUGUAUCGUGAAUACAUCAAGCAAAGCGCUUCGGGACAAGGUGAUUUGAGUUUUAGAUUCGUGUUUCUUUACACCACUUUCGAAGAAUUGGUUAAACGAGUUGAGAAUAGGAAAGGUCAUUAUAUGAAAUCUGAUAUGGUUAAAUCACAAUAUGAUAUCAUGGAAAUCCCCCAGGAUGAUGAGUUGUUGAGAAACGGUGGAGAGGCUGUAAGUGUUGAUUCCACGGGCAAGUCAGAAGAAGCUAUAUUUGAUGAUAUCUUGGAGCAAUUGAGGUUACCAAAAGAUGCGUAG